AUGAUUUUGAAAUCUUUUCUACUAGGUAAUCUAUUAUCCUUAUGCAUGAAGAUAAUAAAUUCGGUCGUUGUGGUCGGACUCUAUUAUGGAUUUCUGACCACAUUCUCCAUAGGGCCCUCUUAUCUCUUCCUUCUCCGAGCUCGGGUUAUGGAAGAAGGAACCGAGAAGGAGGUAUCAGCAACAACUGGUUUUAUUACGGGACAGCUCAUGAUGUUCAUAUCGAUCUAUUAUGCGCCUCUGCAUCUAGCAUUGGAUAGACCUCAUACAAUAACUGUCCUAGUUCUACCGUAUCUUUUGUUUCAUUUCUUCUGGAACAAUCACAAACACUUUUUUGAUUAUGGAUCUACUACCCUUCACUCAAUCCGAACUCAAACUGUGUCAAGUUUGAAUUACCUAGUAACUUAA